CCUAGAGCACAAAGCCUGGUAACUGCAGUUUAUGUUCCAAUAUCUAAGAAGAAUGUGAAGGAGGAAAUGGAGCAGAAGACUCUGACGGAUUUUCCGGAUUCCUGCAACACACAAAUGUUUUCUCACUCUGUCUCAUCUUCAGUUCACACUCUGAGACCAUCAGACAUAAAGGCAAUUGCAAGUAUAGGAAGCUUGGGAAAGAUUGGAGAUUCUAGGGUAGACCAGCCAGACUAUCUCCUGAGCGCAGAGAGUGAUCUUGUCCAAGGAAGUAUGACAACACUAAAAGAUAUUGUUAGCGGGUUUAAUCCUUCCGUGAAGUAUUACUUUUCUCUGGGAAACAGCAGUACCAUAUCAGGAAGCGGAACCAUAGAUCUCUUAAGCCAAACUAAAGAAACUGUGAACAGUAUGAAAGAGAGCCAGUGGAUAGACUACCAAAAUGACUGGAAGCUAAUCACAAUUUUCCUCCCAUGUCCUUCCUACUUCUCUGGGUUGCAGGAGGCUUUCCUUUUUGACAGCAUUGAAAAUCUUGAAGGAGUCUUGGAUUUCUUAUAUGAAGAAGUACCUAAAGCCUUUGUGAACCUGGUAGAUUCUACUCUGCUGACCUUUCCUCACUUCAAUUUGCAUAAUGCCAGUGACUGUUCCAGUCUUGAAGAAAUUGUAUGGAGAUGGUCCUUUCAGGAUGCUUUGGAAAAGCUGCUAGUGUCUGGGAGGUAUGAUCGGAAGAGUGAUUUCACUGUAGUUCUUCAGACUUCUCUCCAUGAAGUAAACACGACUCCUAUACCAAAAAGGGUUGGAAGGAACUCUGCCAUAAGGAAGACAUCAGCGGAAACCUCAGGGAAGGGACUCGCUGGUGCUGCUCUAGGAGUUGGGCUUUGGAACAAUAUGCUGAAACCAAUUGAGCAGAAGGAACCCUACCAUUUCACAGAUGUUCCUGAGGCAUGGUGCCCUUCUCAGGAGAGCCCAUACUUCUUCACAUACAGAAAUAGUAACUACUCAUCUGUUCCUGUGGAGUCCCAGAUGGAAGCAGUAUCUCAAGAAAGGAGCUAUGGGACUAGUAUUCCAUGUUCUAAUCGUCUCCCUUCAGACGCUGUUCCUACCUCAGUUCAUAACUUGAGGCCAGCAGACAUUAAAGUUAUAGUUGCCCUUGGGGACUCACUAACAGCAGGAAAUGGGGCAGGUUCUUCACGAUACAAUGUUUUAGAUGUUCUGACACAGUAUCGAGGCCUUUCGUGGAGUAUUGGUGGAAAUGAAGAUAUAAGGACAGUCACAACAUUAGCGAAUAUUCUUCGUGAGUUUAAUCCAUCUGUGGUAGGUUUUUCUACUGGCAAAGGAUCGCAGAGCACAGCUAAUGCUUACCUGAACCAAGCUGUGGCAGGCGCACGUUCUGAGGACCUCUCGUCUCAAGCAACAAGACUAAUAGAAUUGAUGAAAAGUGAUCCUAAUAUAAAUUUCCAAGAAGACUGGAAGCUCGUAACACUCUUCAUAGGUGGAAAUGACUUGUGUGAUCAUUGUAAAGAUCCUGUUCGCUAUUCCCCUGGGAAUUUCACAAGAAAUAUACAGUCAGCUCUGGAUAUACUCCAUAAUGAGGUCCCUCGAGCAUUUGUGAACCUGGUGACGAUCCUCCACAUAGUAACUCUGAGGAAACUCUAUCAAGAGAAGAGAGUCUACUGUCCCAGGCUAAUUAUGAGAUCUCUGUGUACUUGUGUUUUGAACCCUGAUGAUGACUCUGCUGAAAUUGAGCUGCUGGAAUCUUUCAACAGAAGAUAUCAGGAGGAAACUCACCGCCUAAUUCAGAGUGGAAGAUACAACACAAGGGAAGAUUUUACGGUGGUUGUGCAGCCGUUUUUGGAAGAGGCACAAAUGCCUAUGACUUCGCAAGGAUUGCCUGAUUCUUCCUAUUUUGCCGCAGACUGCUUCCACUUUCAUCAGAAGACUCACACCCUAGCUGCUCUUGGUCUGUGGAAUAACAUGUUGGAACCUAUUGGGCAAAAGACAAAACUACAGAAGCUUGAAAAUACGAUAACCCUCAACUGUCCAACUGAGGACCAGCCAUAUUUAAUGACACACAGAAAUAGCAACUACACGUACGCCAAUGUAAUCACCUCAGUUUACGGAAGCCAGUUGCUGUGUGAGGAUAGAAUUCCAUCUGUCAACUACCCUGCUUCAGUGCAUGCUUUGAAACCAGCUGAUGUGCAAGUAAUAGCUGCCUUGGGGGAUUCCUUGACGGCUGGUAAUGGUAUUGGAUCAAAACCAAGUGACAUGCUUGAUAUGAACACAGAGUAUCGGGGGCUGGCCUGGAGCAUUGGGGGAGAUGCAUCAUUAAAAACUGUCACAACUUUGCCAAACAUCCUUCGAGAGUUCAGUGCUAACCUCACCGGUUAUUCAACAGGCACAGGCGGUGUAAAUGAGACAAAUGCCUUUCUCAACCAGGCAGUUCCAGGAGCAAAGGCUGAGGAUUUACCAGACCAAGUAAGGCGACUUGUGAAAUCAAUGAAAAAUGACUUGAGAAUCAAGUUUGAAACUGACUGGAAGAUCAUAACUAUAUACAUUGGAGUUCACGACCUAUGCAACUAUUGCAAAGAUAUUAAUCACUAUUCAGCAGUAAACUUUUCCAAUUAUGUUCAAGAAGCACUUGACCUUCUUCAUGCAGAGGUGCCUAAAGCUUUGAUUAAUCUGGUGGACAUAAUGGACCUUCUUCCUUUGAGACAGUUGUUUCUGGACAGUAGAUUAUCAUGUCCCACACAUCUAGCAGAAGGUCUUUGUAGCUGCAUUCUUUCAAUUCAAGAAGGCUCUUCUCAGCUAGUGGUGAUGGAGAAAGCAAUCAAAGCUUAUCAGAGCACCCUACAAAAACUGGUGGAGAAUGGCCAGUAUGACACGCGUGAGGAUUUCACAGUCGUAUUACAGCCUUUCCUCCGAACCAUCACAUUACCUCUUCUACAGGAUGGGUAUCCAGAUAUCACCUUCUUUGCACCUGAUUGUUUUCAUCUGAGUCAGAAAUCACAUUCACAGCUCUCUAGGGCCCUCUGGAACAAUAUGCUUCAGCCUUUAGGAAAGAAAGCAUUAUCCUUCAGUUUUGCGGAUAAUAUAACUCUGAUCUGCCCAACUCUGCACCAACCCUUCCUGGGAACCUACAAGAACAGCAAUGGCACACAUUCAUCUCUGGAUCCCACUGCGAAGCCAAGCCAGAGCUGGGGUAGUGACCUGUUAUGUCAAGAACAGACUGCAUUCAAAAACAUUUCAAAAUCUGUGCACAGUCUACAGCCGUCUGACAUCCAAGUGGUAGCAGCACUGGGAGACUCCUUGACGACUGCUGUAGGAGUCAAAGCAACUGGUCUGAAUGAUCUACAAACAGCAUGGCGAGGGCUUUCCUGGAGCUCUGGAAGUGAUGGAAACCUGGAGACCCACACAACUUUGCCUAAUAUUUUAAAAAAGUUUAACCCAAAUCUUACUGGCUUUUCUACUGGAACCGAGAAGGAGACUGCUGGAUUCAACGUAGCAAUGGGUGGCGCAGUAGCACGAGAUCUCCCAGACCAAGCUCGUAAAUUAAUAGAGCUAAUGAAGAGCAACCCAGACGUUAACUACAAAGAGGACUGGAAGUUAGUCACCAUUUUAAUUGGAGCCAACGACCUGUGUCAAUAUUGCUUAGACAAGGAGACCUAUUCAGUGGAAAACUAUGUAAAACACCUCCAGGAUGCUCUUGAUAUUCUUUACGAGGAGCUCCCUCGGGCCUUUGUCAACAUGGUGGAGAUAAUGGAACUCAUUGAACUGCGUCAGAUAAAAAGGGAAGCAUCCGGAUGUGUUCUUUCAGGGGCGAUCCUUUGUCCAUGUAUUCUGAACCCUCAGGAAAACUCCUCUGAACUGCAAGAAAUUGAAAGUACUAAUAGAGAUUUUCAGGACAGAACUGUCAUGUUGAUCCAGAGUGGUCGCUACACCCCGCGGGAGGAUUUUGCUGUUGUUGUGCAACCAUUUUUCCGAAACACCAUCAUGCCAUUAGACAGUGAUGGGAAACCGGACCUGAGUUUCUUUGCACCUGAUUGCUUUCAUUUCUCCGAGAGAGGUCACGCAGAGAUGGCCAUGGCACUUUGGAAUAAUAUGCUACAACCAGUUGCACUUAAACAGUCAUACAAUAACUUCACAUAUGAAAGGUCGAAACUCAAGUGUCCAACAUCAGAGCACCCCUUUCUAUUCACAUCAGAAAACAGCUACCUGAAAACUUUCGGACCUGAAGCAGGGAACAACAGAGGAUGGGCUGUGAUUAUAGCAACUACAACUGGAAUUUUGGUAGGAUCCCUGAUUGUUUGUGUUGUGGUGACUCAGAGAGUCAGCAAACGCCGAAGGGCAGGAGACAUCACAAUGGACGGAAAAACAACAGCUUUUUAAAUUGGCACCUGGAUCAGGGAAAUCUAACAUAACAUCUGCCUCCAAUGACAUUAGGAAAGUGGCGCUGGAGCUUAGCUGCAGCUUUGCACGCGCUAUUUUUAAAGCAACUUCUUCUGUCUAAAAAUGGAGGAAGAGACACCAGCCCAGACAUCAUGGCAACUAAGAGAUGAGGAGUUGUGAUACAUAAAGGGGCUUGAUCUGGAAAAUUAAACCAAGAAUGUUCAAAAUGUCUUCUCUGAUUUAAAUUACAAGUGCCUCUAGACGAUGCUUCUAUUUCACAAUCCCUCUGCUUCCUUUGCAUAAUAUUACAAUAGAUCCAGACCUCCCAUUGGUAAUGCUUCUAGGUUUCCCAUGAUUUCUUCUGCUUUUUUUUUCCUUCUGUAGAAAUCCUUUUUUUGAUUUUUAACACUAGGAGUCUUGGAUCUGGAUGGAAGCAUUCUAGGAUAUUUGUGAGCCUAACUGAAAUGUCAGGAUUCUAUCCUGUUAUUAAGUGAUCCAUUCACAGUAUUACAUUUGGCUCCCAACAUUCUCUGUACAAAUUUAAAGUCAGCAAGUGCAAGUGAGCAUAAUAUACUACUAUUAUAUUACCUGAAUAUCCCAUUUUCCUAAUGUUAGACUAUCUUUGGUCACCUAGUUCAGUGGUUCUCAAACUGAGGUCCCCAGAUGUUCUUGGGUUGCAACUCCCAGAGAGUGGCAAACUCUUCUGGGAAUUGAAGUCCAAGAACAUAUGGGGACCCCAGUUUGAGAACCACUGACCUAGUUUAUCAUUUAUGCUGCAUUACAAUAAUGUGGCUCAAAUACAUGAAGGCGGUGAUAGCACACAUAGAGAGUUGGCAAAUGCCAGUGGUUAUUGUUUUCCUUUUAAACUGAGAAUCACAGCUAUGAAUGCUGACCUUUUAAGUAGAAGCAAAUAAAACAUUAAAGAAAAGAACUGAAAAGAACACAAGAACAGCUUCAGUCUUUGGAAUGAAGUGGGAGUGUGUAAUGAAUGCAAUAACCAAUAUUGUUUAAAAAUCAUUACUUUGAUUUAGCUUGGCCAAUCUGUCUGAGGGUGAUCUAAAUAAAUGCUACUGAAAAAGCCAA